AUGGCUUCCCUUGAUACUGCCGAGCUUAAUGAAUUGGUAAAUAUAUUUCAAAUCCUUCAGCGUGCCGAGCCUGCCAGCCAAAUCACAGAGCGCAAUGUGGUUGAUAUUGUGAAUCUUAUUAUUAAGAAAAACCUGGUCGAACUCGUCUAUACCACCGAUGCCAAAGAGUACCUCACCCGAAACGCGCUAAAACGUGAGAUUAUCGAUGAGGUUUAUGCCAGCUGCGGUCGCCUCAACGUAGUGGAUCUUCCUGGGUUGCUCAGCGUCCAUCCACGACACGUGGAGGAGGUUCUGCCGGAAGUGCUUGAGGAGACUCCUAGUCUUCGUCUCGAGGGCAAUGAACUGAUGACGGACCAGUACCUCCGUGAGGCCGUUCAGUCCGCGUCGGACGCCCUCAACGAGCAGGGCUCCCUCCCCAUUACUAAUUUUGCCUCGCAGCAUCAGUUCAGCUCUGUGUUUGCGAUGCAGAUCUUAACCGCGGCGGUACAAGAAGGUCGUCUCGACGCCGUCAUUCAGGAUUCGGUGUUCUACACCAAGCGAUAUGUCAUCUCACAAAAGAUCAUCCUACGCUCGGGUCUGCUCGCGGCAACCCAGCCGUUGGACUUGGUUGCGCUUUAUAAACGCCAUCAACUGUUCACUCCACUAAUGGACACCCUCAUCUCUGAGCUCCAAUCCGAGCUACCUGGGGUCUUCCAGGGCUACAUCUACACCCCGUCGGCUUUCGAGCGGUACCGGACGGGCCAGAUCACAAACAUCUACACCUCGAACGGCUACAUCGACUACGCCGCGGUUCAGCGCUUGGGAAUCACCAACGCCCGGCAGUACCUGCUUUCGCACUACAAUCCCACGAGCGGCCCAGCGGAGGCCCUUCCCCCGGGCGACGCGGCCCCCCAACGACGAGGUGGAAAGCGGAAAACAGCCCACAAAGACGCGCAAAAGAGGGCCCAUGUCGUGGCCCCACCGAUGGUCUGCGCGACGGCUGCGUUCCCUCUCUGUGGGCACGCGUUGGGCGGUUGUUUUCUCUCGGACCGCCAUCUUGCGAACCUGGUGGCGCUGCAUCCCAUCGCGGAGGCGGAGGUAGCGGCGGUCGACAUCACACAGAUCUUUCCGACCUGCGUCGACUUGGAAAAGGAUUGGCCGCUGCUUCAUCCCCGUUUAUGCGACCUCUACCCUGGACUGGAUAAAUGCGAUUUAAUUGAUAACGUUGUGUUGAUACAAAAAGAUCUCAAGGCGAAGAUAAGGCCGCUGCUGAUGAACGCCUUGGAGUCGAGAAACCAGUCGGUUCGGUCAAAAAAAAAGGCUGAUUCCCAGUCACCAGAGGAGUUGAUCAUCAAAGUGAUUUCGGAAAAACUUGAACUGAACCUUGAACAGUAUGCCGGGGUACUCAGGGAGAUUGCAGACCGUUGGAGCGACUUUAUCGAAGAUAUUGUACAACAGGCAGAUACUCUGCGUGAAAAUAAGACAGCAUCUGAAGCGAAGGAGUUACGUCAAUCUAUCAUCUCAAAAAUGACUAACACAUGGAUAGAGCUGGUGGUCGUGUCUAAAGGAAUUCAAUGGGCCAAGCUCCAGUUUGAUGAGGAUACCAAUGUGGUCUUAAAUCGACACGUACUGGGAGAUCAAGCGUAUGAGCUCUGUCGAGAUGUUUUUCUCAAUGAAAGCCUAGAUAAUAUGGGACUGUACCAAAAGGUGUGUAAUGCAUUGGAUCAGGUGACUAACAUAAGUAAUCUUCAGAAAGCACUUGCCCCUUUUCCGGCAAAUGAUCACGCAGCCCUCAAACCUAUAAUAGAUGCCCUGAAGGGCAAAGAGUUAGGUACCCUUAUGGAUCUUUUGCAGAGUAUGAGUAGUGUUGGUAACAUUGCGAUAGCAUCCUUCCACGUGCCUAACAAGAAACUGGAGCGUGAUACUUAUACCAAAAUGAAGAUGUUAGUCGUGGCGGAGGUUCAAGAAACUUCCUUCGGAGACAACGCCUCCGCGAACGGGGUGCUGUUUGCGGCUCUGUGCACAGUCUUGAUACAUCAGUUAUUUCACGUGCAUCUUAGAAUUCCAGGCAAAAUAGUGCGCGCCGUGGUUGCACAUUUGACUAAAGAGUCUAAUGCGCCCGCCGACCUUACUGCGGUGCAUGAGGCAGUUUUGAGAGCCCUGAAAUCUGGUCACGUGGACGCUGAAAGCUUAGGCACGUUGAAUCUGUUUCGUGAACAGGUGCUGAAAAAUAUAUUGGACUGA